AUGCUUUCCAAGGCUUUCAUCCUCGCUCUGGCAGUCGUGCCUUUCGUCUCCGCUCACGGCAAAGUUGCGGUGGUCACUGGUGAUGCUGGUGGUAAUGGUACCGCGCUCGGCAUCAAGGGCGGCAUUGUCCCUGGCCCUGGCCCAAACUCAAAGACCGAGGUAGACACCACUGUCUUUGGCAGCACCAAAAUCAAGACCAACGGACUUGGCAGGACUACGGGAAGUGGCAAGAACAAGGUCGCCAUGCUGUCGGCAGCGAUGGCGCAGUCCGGAUCUACACUCCCGCAGGUUUCUGAUGGGGGGUCUAUCUCGGGCGUCUUUCACAUUGUCACGACAGACGGCGCAGGACCUAUCCAGGCCGUCCUCGACCCUACCGGCACGGGCGCCUUUUCCAAGGGAGUGCUCCUCGACACCGUCACCCAGAUAGCCGGCAAGAACGGAAACAUCGCGGCCCCCAAGCAGCGGUCUCUCUGGGCGCGGGCCCUGGUCAGCGCCGGCAUAAUGAAGCGAGCCGCCAACGUCAACGAGGACUUCCCCAUGAAGUUCUCGGUCCCGGCCGGUACCACGUGCAACGGCACCAUUGCCGGCCAGUCCAACGUCUGCCUCGUCAAGAUUGCCAACUCUAACAAGGCGGGUCCGUUCGGCGGAGUUGUUGCCAUCCAGAUGGCCGGCGCAGCUGCCACCACAGGCAAAGCCGCGAGCUGUGCUAGAGCCUUUACGGCUUGA